AUGUCAUCCCUCUCUGAUAUCCCCGCCAUGCGGGCCUCGUCCCUCACCAUCAUGGCCACCCGUGCUCAAGACCAGCAGCUCGUCGCAGAUGCCGCUGCCGGCAGCACCACUCCCGGAAAGGCUGUUGUUCCCGCCUUUGGGUGGCACCCCUGGUUCUCCCACCUCCUCUACGACGACGCCGAUAACUCCACUCCCGGUUCCGGCCCCGAUAAGGAGUCCCACUACGCCGCCGUUUUGCAACCCGAGCCCGAUGCCGCCUUUAUCGCUUCCCUCCCGGAUCCGACCCCCGUGUCUUCCUUUAUCAAAUCUACCCGCACCCUCUUGGACUCCCACCCAAAGGCCCUCGUUGGUGAAAUCGGUCUCGACAAGGCUUUCCGUCUACCCCAGCCAUGGAACCCCUCCGACCAAGCCAGCCGUGACGAAUCUCUCACCCCUGGAGGUCGUGAAGGUCGACUUCUUAGUCCUCACCGCGUGAGAAUGGAACAUCAGCGUGCCAUCCUUGCUUCCCAGCUCCGUCUCGCAGCAGAGACCCGAAGAGCCGUUAGUGUGCACGGCGUCCAGGCUCAUGGCGUACUGCACGAAACUCUCGCCGCGACGUGGAAAGGCCAUGAGCGAGAGGUCAUUACACGCCGGAAACGUCGACUUGUUGCUCAAGGAGCAGAAGAUUUCUCCUCGGAUGAGGAUGAAGAUGAGGAUAAGCCUUAUCCCCCACGGAUAUGUCUGCACUCAUUCAGCGGUAGUGUAGAGGUUCUUAAGCAGUACCUCCACCCGGCCAUACCCGCGCGCAUAUUUGUUUCAUUAUCGUCAGCUGUGAAUCUCAGCACCGAGGCUACGAGCGCACGCACUGACGAGGUGUUGCGCGCCCUUCCUGAUGAGAGCGUGCUCAUCGAGAGUGAUUUGCACGUUGCAGGCGAGGACAUGGACGCAGCACUCGAGGAAAUGUAUCGGCAUGUGUGUGAGGUCAAGGGCUGGGAGCUUGAGGAGGGGGUGAGAAAGAUAGCAAAGAACUAUGAAACCUUUAUCCAUGGGUGA